GUCACUGUCAGUGUCUAGCAUAUUUCAGUUUGCUCAGCAAAAAAAAGUGUGUAUCGUACUUGUAAACUCUAUUUAACCGCGAUUUUUAUAUUAAAUAUAGAAAAUUAAGAAGAAAGUGCUCCGUUUUCUGUGAUAAUAGAGUUUAUUAGUUAUCCUAAAUUUUUUAUAUCAUGCCACAAUACAAAGUAAAAGUAAAAUGGGGAAAAGAAACUUAUCCGGACAUCGAGGUUAACACAGACGAGCCUCCCCUACUGUUUAAGGCCCAACUAUUCGCGUUGACCGGCGUUCAACCAGAAAGGCAGAAAGUUAUGAUCAAAGGCGUCACCCUAAAGGAUUCCGAUUGGAACAAUUUCAAACUAAAAGAUGGUGUGACUGUUCUUUUGAUGGGCAGUAAGGAGGAAGAUGUUCCCAAGGAGCCCGUCGAAAAGACCGUCUUUGUGGAAGACAUGAACGAAAGCGAACUUGCUACUGCUUUGGAUCUACCGGCCGGUUUAACGAAUCUAGGAAACACUUGCUACAUGAACGCGACCGUGCAGUGUCUGAAAGCUGUACCUGAAUUGAGGGAGGCUUUAAAAACAUUUCAAGGAGGUGUAGCAGCCGGAGGUAGCGUCGUACCGGCUCAAUCUAUCACAGCAGCUCUACGAGAUCUCUACAGCAGUAUGGACAAGGGCAAUGCUGUGCCUCCUAUAGUACUACUACAAGUAAUGCACAUGGCUUUUCCUAGGUUCGCUGAGAAGAACGAACAUGGUACUUUUGCACAACAGGAUGCGAAUGAGUGUUGGACCGAAUUGGUCAGGAUGUUGCAACAAAAAUUACCUGCUAAGCAGAGCGACAUGAAGACCAGUGAGCAGUUCAAGUCGUUCAUAGAUCAAUUUUUUGGCGGUACGUUCGACGUGGAAUUGAAAUGCGUGGAGGCCGAGGAUGAGCCGGUUUCGAAGAGUAAAGAGCAGUUCUUGCAACUUAGCUGUUUCAUAUCACAAGACGUGCGAUAUAUGCAUUCCGGCUUAAAAAAUAAACUCCAAGAACAGAUUACAAAGAAAUCGGCAACAUUGGACAGGGAUGCGGUUUACACGAAAACCUCGAAAAUAAGUAGAUUGCCGGCUUAUUUGACUGUACAGUUCGUAAGAUUCUAUUACAAAGAAAAAGAAUCGAUUAACGCGAAAAUUUUAAAAGAUGUCAAAUUCCCGAUGGAAUUCGAUGCGUACGAUUUGUGCACUUCACAAUUGCAGGAAAAAUUGACUCCCAUGCGUGCUAAAUUCAAGGAAUACGAAGACGCCCAAGUGGAACUAGCAUCUAAAGAUAAGGGGUCAAACAAGAGUAAAGGGGAUAAUAAGCAUGGCAAGGUUGAAAGGAAAUUUGCACCUUAUUGGUUCGAAGAAGAUUUAGGGAGCAAUAAUAGCGGAUAUUAUAGUUUACAAGCCGUGCUAACCCAUAGAGGAAGAUCAUCGUCCAGUGGACAUUACGUUGGAUGGGUUAGACAGUCCGAUGACAAAUGGAUUAUGUGCGAUGAUGAUAACGUAUCGCCCGUUACAACUGAAGAUAUUUUAAAACUAUCCGGUGGAGGUGAUUGGCAUUGCGCAUAUGUAUUGCUUUACGGGCCAAAGUUAUUGGAUAUAACUGAAGCCGAGAGCAUGGUCACCGAAAGCGAAAACAUGGUAACUGAAUAAUUUAAAGUCCUAAGAAUUGCUUUAAAUAUUUAUAACUUUGUAUUUGACUUUAUCGAAAUAAAAAAAACAAUCUUAAUUUUGUAAAUUAAACAAAUCAAAUGU